AUGCGACUACUGGAUGUUGAUUCCGUGACUGAAGACCGGCUCCCAGUCUUCCGCAAGAUUGUCGAAAAUGGCUCAAGUAGACAGCGCUACGCAAUCCUUUCCCACACUUGGGGAAGGCCCGGAGACUACGAAGACAUUGUCUUCGAGGACAUACCAAGCUCGGAGACGUUCGCUAGAUUCCUGGAUGAGGCAACCCAGCUGAAGCAGUGGCAACGCGCCAUAAACAAGAAGAAAGCCGGCUUCUCCAAGAUAGCCAACGCGUGCCGAGUCGCCCGUGGCAUGAAAUUGAAAUACAUCUGGAUCGACUCGUGCUGCAUUGACAAAUCGAACUCUGCCGAGCUGAAUCAGAGUAUCAAUUCAAUGUUCCGCUGGUACAAGAACUCUGACCGGUGCAUUGCGUAUCUCGAGGACCUAGAGCCCGACGGCGAGUUGAAGCAAUGCAGAUGGUUUAAGAGGGGUUGGACGUUACAAGAAUUUGUUGCACCUUCAAAAGUCACUUUUUACGACAAACACUGGGACUUGUUUGGUGAGAGGUCUGACACGAGAUUGAGUGUGUCGCUAUCGAAUAUCACCGGAAUCGAUAUGGACUGUCUCCAAGAUGAAGCGAAGUUCGCCUCCUUGUCCAUCGCCCACAAGAUGUCCUGGGCAGCCGGCAGAGAUACGACAAUUCCUGAAGAUCGUGCUUACAGUCUCAUGGGCAUAUUCGAUGUCAAUAUGCCGCUAAUCUACGGCGAAGGUGGGACGAAGGCUUUUCGUCGUCUACAGGAAGAAAUUGCGAGAGUUUCCAGCGACCUGAGCAUCUUUGCAUGGGACCGGAGCUCCAGGCAUACUCCUGACCUGGACGCGUUAGCCUCAAUACCGGAUGAGUUCACAGAAUAUAAAGAUAUGGUCCCCUCCUACCACAGUCAGCACUUCACGAGAACCAAUAAAGGCAUCGAAAUGAAGACAAUGCUUUGGCGGAUGAUUUGCGACGAUGGAAAAGAACGGCUGAUGCUGCCAAUUGGGAAACAAAAGAAUGGAAAGCCGGAUAUCGGAAUCAUCCUUCGCAAACUUAGCCAUAACGUGUAUAUUCGACGCGGAAACAUGCAACCGUUCCUCGACAAGCAGAUCACUUCCUCCACGCGAAGGUCAACGUUCUAUCUCUGCUAG